UCAAAAUCGAUUGCCAACGAAACCAAACUGAUAUUGCACGAAACAAACCAAGACCUUAUCUCAUGUUUCUACUUUAUUUUUACCCUCCACGUUGGCUUCUUUUUACCUAUAAACAUAAAAAUAGAAGGCGAGGGGAAGAGGAGCAAUUUUUUCUUGCCCAGACAUUUUACUGACGUAAUUCAAACCAACAAGGACGUCUCGUCUGCUUCGUUGGGUUUUUUCUUAAGGUUUUCUUCACAAUUUAUUUCUCGCUCAAAGAAAAUUGAAGGCAAAUAUUGACGUUAUUUGAAGAGAAUUGUAAUUUCAUAAUUAGGAUAUAUAAUUUAUUUUGAAAAACACAUUGAAAUUCGGACAAAGAAAAAAAGGAGAAAAAGAAAACCUUUCGUUUUUUAUUUAUUUUGUUUUCCCUUCAUUCUGGAUUAUUGAAUGUAAAAUUAAGAAAAGAAGUGAAAAAAUAUUUUCAGAAAAAGUGUGAUUUUAAGGAAAAAGAAGAAAGAAACGGGUUUGAUUCUAACAAAAAAAAAAGGAAACUAAAAAGAAAAAGACAACCGUUGUGAAAGUUAAUUAAUUUUUCAUCAUGUUGAUAUUAAUUACGACAUUUUUGUUAAUUGUUCAAUCAGCCAACAAUCAGGUCAGGAAUUAUGACGAUGUUUUAAAUUAUUUCCAUUCCAAGUAUGAAUCAAUGGUCCUUUUGGAAAAUGCAGUCUUUCAAACUGGGGUCAAUGACCCCACAUCACGCAAUGGAGAAUACCCAGUCCAUAAGGUGCAGGUGAAAGCCUUUUAUAUUGACAGAUACCCAAUAACAAACAUUCAAUUCAGAAAGUUCCAUCAAGCAAAACCACAUUAUGAGACUGAAGCUGAAGAAGUGAACUUCAGUUACGUCUUUGGACAACAUAUGACGCCACACCAACUGAGCAGAUCCAAACCAGAAGAGAAACAACCUGGAUGGUAUGAGGUUGCUGGAGCCCAGUGGAACAAGCCUGCGGGCCCAUUUAGCACCAUCAGGGAACUCCUGUCCCACCCUGCGGUGCAUGUGAGUUACAAUGAUGCUUUUGCCUAUUGUUCCUGGGCUGGAAAACGUCUGCCAACAGAACACGAAUGGGAAUACGCUGCCAGAGGAGGACUGGAUGGAUUGCUUUACCCGUGGGGUGACAGGUACCUUAAAAUGAGGAUGAACCUUUGGCAGGGUAAAUACCCAGAAGAAGACAAAAAAUUCGAUGACUGGGCUGGCACCAGUCCUGUGGAUGCAUUUCCAGCUCAGAAUAAUUAUGGAAUGUACGACAUGCUUGGCAAUGUCUGGGAGUGGACCUCAUCGUUAUACUUUGACCGAGUGAUUGACCGAGACACCCAGCCCCUGAGAUAUGUUCUAAAAGGAGGCUCCUUCAUCGACACACGUGAUGGCGCCUACAACUUUGUUGUACGCACUGCAAACAGGAAAGGAAAACGUCCGCAGUAUACAUCUAGCAACAUUGGAUUCCGUUGUGCAAUGGACCUGUCUGAAGAAGAAACCUUAGCCCGUCUUCAUGCAAGCACCAAACCUCCAAGACCUGUUCGCUUUCACAAGAAAUCAGAUAUGUAUCAACAUCGCAAAGAAAAUGAGAAAAAGGAAGACAUGGAACAUUUCGAGUUAUAACGACUUUGGAUUUAGUUUUUUCUUGUUUUUUUUUCUGGUUCCUUUCAUAAAAUCUUUCUGUAAUAAAGUUUCAAAAACAAAAA